AUGAUUAUCAGUUUUGUCAAAGUUGGCGGUAUGCAACAAAUUCGAAAUCUGUUCCCGUAUGCAGUUGCGCAUACAACAUUACAUAAUACCACUGAAUGUGGUGUACCGAAUCAAAAUUAUUUCUCAUUAAUUCGUCCAUUUGACGUUGAUUUACCAUGGUUUGGGAUACUUUUUGGAAACGGAGUAAUUGUACAACGAACAUUGGCAGCAAAGAAUCUUACACAAGCAAAAGCAGGUUGUCUUGUUGCGGGGAUAUUGAAACUUUUACCGUUAUUUCUGAUGGUAUUUCCUGGAAUGAUUGCAAGAAUUCUCUUUCCAGAUGAAAUCGGUUGUGCUGAUCCCGAUGUUUGCUAUCAAAUUUGUCAUAGUCGAAAUGGUUGUAAUGAUAUUGCAUAUCCACUUCUUGUGCUUCGAUUAAUGCCCAAUGCAAUUCGUGGUUUAACAUUAGCCUGUAUGAUUGCAGCUUUAAUGUCCUCCUUAACUUCGAUCUUUAAUUCGAGUUCAACUAUUUUUACAAUUGACAUCUGGCAACGUUUUCGUCGAAAUGCACACGACUGGGAAUUGAUGAUUAUCGGCAGAGUUUUCGUCAUAAUUCUUGUGGGGAUAUCGAUUCUUUGGAUUCCAAUUAUUCGAGCAGCACAAGGUGCAAGAUUAUUCGAUUAUAUUCAAGCUGUUCAAUCAUUUUUAACACCUCCAGUUGCCGCUUGUUAUUUACUCGGGAUUUUAUGGAAACGAAUCAAUGAAGAAGGAGCAUUUUGGGGUUUGAUAUCUGGUUUAUUUAUUGGAAUAUUUCGAUUCAUUUGGGAAUAUUCUUAUACCGCAAUGCCUUGUCAACUUGAGCAUCUGGAUAAACGUCCAUCAGUAGUUCGAUUUAAUUUUCUGUAUUUUUCAGUUCUUCUUUUCAUAAUCUCUGGUAUUGUGACUAUCGUUGUCAGUCUUCUGACAAAACCUAUUCCAGAAAACUAUAUAUCCGGUUUAACCAUUUUUGAUCUUGAUAAUCCGGAAAAAGCAAUUGAAAUUCCUACUCGACCUGGAUGUAUGCAUAAAGCAAAUACAUAUUGUGAUGAAGAACAACCUUAUUCUUUUGAAAAUUCAUCUUCAUGUCACAUCGGUCAAUCUCCUAAUGAAACGGAAAAGAAAGCUUUACAUUUUUUCGACACAGGUACCGAUAUCAAAUCGUUUUCUUUCGAAUCAAGGACAGCUUUUCUUUCAGACGACUCCACGGGAAUUUGUUUUUAUGUAAAAACUGCCUUUCCUUGGAUUUGUGGCUUGGAAAAAACUGAACAACUCGAUGGUCAAUCAAUCUGUUCGGAUGGUAAUCUACAUGAUAGUACCAGUAAUCGACGAAGCAUCACUUCAAUUCGUGAUGAUCAUGUUUCGUCAUGGGAUAAAAAAUGUUCCUAUGCCGCGAUUAUUAUCCUUGCUUUAUGUGCUUUUGUCUGGACUUUCUUUACUGAUUAUCGAAUACGAUUAAGUUAG